UAGAGAGUAAAGGAGACAACUCAAGAAGAAGAGGAUCUUGAUUCAGGGGACACAUCCAAGAUUUGUAUUCCAAUUCCUCUACUGCUAUCCUUCCAAAACCACCUCUCUCUCUCUCUCUCUCUCUCUCUCUCUCUCACACACACACACAGCUUGAAGUGUAUGGCUAUUCUACUUCUGAUGAGGAUGUUGCUAUUCCUCAUCUCAGUCCUCUUAAUAAAAUUCAUACACUCAAUCAUAUGGGUUCCAUUGAAGUUUCAACGACACUUCAGGAAGCAAGGCAUAGGGGGGCCUAGCUACCGUCCGAUCUUCGGAAACUCGGCCGAGAUCAGUCGGCGCAUGAUUGCCGAAGCCGAAUCGAGGCCGAUAACUUUCAACCAUGACAUUGUUCAGAGGGCGAUUCCGGACUACUACAACUGGUCAAGGGUUUAUGGGAAGACAUUUCUGUACUGGUUUGGACCGAAGCCUCGGUUGGCUAUAGCCGAACCAGAGAUGAUUAAGGAGGUGUUGCUGAAUAAGAGUGGGUCCUUUGAGAAGCUUGAGUUCAACCCUUUGUCCAAGCUGCUCUUUGGACAAGGACUUGUUGGCUUGACCGGUGACACCUGGGCUGUUCAUAGGAGGAUUACAAGCCAGGCCUUCAACAUGGAGAGAGUUAAGGGUUGGGUGUCGGAAAUUGUGGCUAGUACCAUAAAUAUGCUCCAAAAGUGGGAGGAAGAAAGAGGAUGUAGGGAUGAAUUCGAGUUAGAGGUGCACAAACAAAUUCAUAACCUUUCUGCAGACAUCUUAUCUCGAACGGCUUUUGGGAGCAGUUUUGAAGAGGGCAAGCACAUUUUUGAAUUACAAGAACGCCAAACAAGUCUAGUGUUAGAGGCUGCAAGGAGUGUCUACAUUCCUGGAUUCAGGUUGUUACCUACUAAAAAGAAUAGAAUGAGGCAGCAGUUGGAGAAAGAAACUCGAGAAUCAAUAAGGACGUUAAUUGAGAUUAAUAACAAAACAAAAGAAAAUUCGAAAAAUCUACUAGCUUUGUUAUUGUCUACCUAUAAGAAUCAGGACGGGAAAGAAGAGAGAUUGAGAGUGGAGGAAAUUAUAGAUGAAUGUAAAACAUUCUACUUUGCAGGAAAGGAAACUACUGCAAAUCUUUUGACAUGGGCACUUCUGCUACUAGCAUUGCAUCAAGAAUGGCAAAGCAAGGCUCGUGAAGAAGUGCUUUGCAUUUGCAAGGAUAGUGAGCUCCCAACCGCAAAGAAUUUAAAUGACUUCAAGAUUAUGAAUAUGAUACUCAAUGAAACACUACGACUUUACCCUCCAAUAGUGAUGUUGAUGAGGAAAGCAACAAAAAAUGUGAGGCUAGGCGGGCUUAAUGUUCCAGUUGACACCCAACUCUACCUAGCCUUGACUGCUGUUUAUCAUGAAACUAAGAUAUGGGGAAUAGAUGCCAAUGAGUUCAAUCCAAUGAGAUUCACUGCGGUUCAAAAGCAACUCGAUGCAUUCGUUCCAUUUGGUUUGGGUGCCAGAAUUUGUGUAGGCCAAAAUUUGGCUAUGGUGGAAGCCAAAAUUGUUUUAGCUAUGAUUGUAAGACGAUAUUCAUUCUCAGUGUCGCCUUCAUAUGCUCAUGCCCCAUUUCAGUGCAUAACUUUGCAACCUCAACAUGGUGCACACAUUCUCUUUAAGAACAUUGCAAGUUGAAUUUUUGUUUGAAAAAACGUUUGGUGUCUUUGUUAUCUGGAUAUUGUCAAAUUUCUUCAUCUUGUAUGUAAUGACUGGGCAAAGUUUAUGGGUAUUGUAUUGUAAGAAGUUAUGGGUCGGAAAAAAGCUUAUGGGUAUUGUAUUGUAAGAAGUUAUGGGCAAAGUUUAUGGGUAUUGUAUUGUAAGAAGUUAUCUGGAUAAUUAUAUUCUUUAAUGACUGGGCAAAGUAUUGUAUUAUGGGUCCCGAAUAUCAUAAAUAACUAUAAUAAAUGACCCUAAGAAGUUAUAUUACUUCAACAAGAACCAUGGUCGGAAAAAAUAAAAUUAGGCAAUUGAUUGUCUUGAUUUGUGUA